AUGGUUAGGUCUUCACUAGUUUUGUACAGCCUUCAGCAACUACCAUCCCAUCCGACUAGACUGCAUGUUUUACAAAGAACUAAUACACUCAAAAUUUUUGACAGUGAAUAUAAAAGAAUCGUAAGAAAGCAAAGAGCAGUACUAGCUGGUUAUGACUGCUUCCUCUGUGUCAUUGAGCUUUCAUCAAUUCUACGGCAUAAUUCCAAAAUUAAGGCUGAAUUGCGAGCCAUAAUGACGAACAUGUCGUCUGACCAGACAUUCGGGUUACUAAUAGAUAAAGAUGCGAAACGGAAGGAGGAAAGUGGACUAAAUUUUUAUUUAGAUUUCGUUCAAAAACUCGGUUUUGUGAAUGACUCUCCUCUAAUGUCUGCACCAAUGAAUUGGGGUCUAUGGUGCCUCCAGGGCGGUAUUGCCGAGCUUACCAAUAGCAGGGAUAUACUUACAGGGAGACAUACAGUAUCGUCAAAUGGAAUGGCAGUCAUCCAACACCGUAUACAACAAGCUUCUUUUACAUUCACUGCCAACAAAUUUCGUUAUCUCUUGUCAAUGCAUUUAUGCCUGAAUACAUACAUGAUUACAAAGCAGAAAUGUGUACCUGUACUUACUGGUUAUUUAGGCGGUAUUCUUGUUCAAUCUGCUUAG